UGGGAAGCGAUCCAGUCAACUGUCGAUGCUGGCCAUUCCAGUGUUCCGGCAACUCAGUGCGCUCCGAUGCUUGCAUGGCGCUGCGUUGCAUCCCAGCGCGGCCGAUCCGCUUUGAUUCAGAUUAUGUACCGAUGCAGCCCGAUCUGGCCCACAUUCCCGUUUGAUCCGAUCUCCCGAUUCGAUGUUGACCGAUGUUGUUUCCUUGCCUCCCCCCUUUCGAGGAGGACUUCGGCGGACCCAGCUCGGCAUGGCACGGGCACGCGGACCCGAACCUCACCUACGCGGUGGAGCUCGUCGCGACCAUGGGCCUGGACAAGUCGGGGGGCAAGAUCGCGACAGAGAAGCCCCCGCCGACCUUCGGCGCCGCCGCGGACGGGGACGCGGACCGCAACAUGAUCCUGAGCUCGCAGUUCUUCGUGUCGCCCUCCGACUCGCUGGCCAUGAUCGUCGCGAACUGCGACUGCAUCCCGCAAUUCAAGGCGGGCCUCAAGGGCUGCGCGAGGUCCAUGCCCACCUCCGGCGCCCUGGACCUGGUGGCCAAGAAGAAGGGCAUCGCGUGUUUCGAGGUUCCAACCGGCUGGAAGUUCUUCGGCAAUUUGAUGGACACGGCGGCACCAGCUACUUCCCGGACAAGGCCACCUACACUCCGUUCAUCUGCGGCGAGGAGUCUUUCGGGACCGGGGCGGACCACGUCCCGGGAGAAGGACGGCAUGUGGGCCGUGCUGGCCUGGUUGCAGAUCUUGGCCGUCAAGACGGAGCAGCAGGGCAAGCUCGUCACGGUCCAGGACGACGUUGCAGAAGCGCACUGGAAGGAGUACGGUCGCAACUAUUACGCCCGCUACGACUACGAGAACGUCGACAAGAAGAAGGCCGAAAAGAUGAUGGCGACUAUGACCGAGCAGGCGGGCAAAUUGACGGGCAAUUUGGUCGAGGGCAUGAAAAUCGCUAAGAACGACGUCUUCGAGUACAACGACCCCGUCGAUGGCAGCGUGUCUAAGAACCAAGGCAUCCGCUUCAUCUUCGAGGACGGCUCGCGCAUCAUCUUCCGUCUCUCGGGCACUGGGGUCGCGGGCGCGACGGUGCGCAUGUACCUCGAGAAGUACGAGCCGCCCACCGGCGACCUCAGCAAGCACCAGUUCGACGUGGUGAAGCCCUUGGCGGAGGUCGCGCUCAAGCUGUCCGGGCUGAAGGCCUUCACUGGCGUCGAUACUCCGACCGUCAUUACCUGA